AUGGCUACUCCCACCGUCCCACCACGCCCCAGUCGCUCCUCUGCCGCCGCGCCUAGUGGGCCGACUGCGGUCAAGGACAGCAUACCACAAGUCCCGCCGCGGCCGGUCCGCAAACUCGACCCUUCCCCGAGCCGAGACCUGCGCUCGCCCUUCAAUGAGCCCCCCAAUCCCAUGGGCAGCGUCAAUAAGAAGCAGUCCGCGAGCAACCUCCAUCAAGAGGUCCCCGCGCGUCGUCCGAGUGUCACACUGCCGUCAGUAGGCCAGGAGGGCUCCGAAUACGCCAGCUUCGACGUCCUGCCUCCUGAAGCACACGGCGUCAAGGUUGACGACAACGGCAGCGAGCCAGUCCAGCCGGAGCAGACCAGAAAUGUAUCCGCAAACAUGCCCCUCCACGCACCCAAGGCCUCUGUCCCUCAGGCCACCGCAAAGAGCAGGAUCGAGGGAGUCACACGUACUGAUUCGACGCAGGCAGCGGCGGCGGGCAUUGGAAAGGCCAGACCGGAUGACGACGUGCAUUCUCCGCCUGCGGAGUCGAGCUCUGCGCUAGGACGCGUAGUCACCAACAGCGAUGAUCUGAUGCGUGUUCCCUCCGCCGAACAAGCCCUGCGUUCGAAGGGCAGCUUCAGUCGCUCGACUCCCAGUCUGCAUCCCACUACGUCCCGCCCCGACAGCAUCCAAGAAGGGAACCACGAGCUUGGGAUCCCUGAGAUUGGCAUGCAGAUACCGCUGUACCCGAACGCUGGAGAUGUGCAAGCUCCUUCGCCGGCGCAGACGCAGUCUCAGUUCGCCCCAGGCAUUGGGUUUUACAAUGACGGCUCUCAGCGUGCUCACCAUAGGAGGAAGAGCUCGCGGAAGGAGUUUGGGCCACCCGGCAGCUACGGCAUGCACGGGCACGGCGAACAGCCGCAUGACCAGUUCGAAAGAGAGUGGAUCAAGAAACAUCCCAGUCAGGCUGCCAUUGAGGGCUUCAACAUGCAUGGCCCGCCCAGGCCUGAGACUGCUUUGUCGAGUGCGGAGCUGAACAGGCUUGUGAAUCAGGCGAAUGAUGCUGGGUUUGGCACAAACCCAGAUAUGGUCGGCACACCAGGUGCAGACGUUGCUUGGGAGGCCACAGAAGAGUAUGCAUCGCGUAGGACCACGCCCCAGCCGUCGCCUCUGCCGGACCGCAAAAAGCGCGACUCCAGCGGCAUGGAGCCCGCCGUCCAGUCUCCUUUGCGCAAGGCCAGCUUUCCGUUCGGCGAACGCCCUGGAGACAGCUCAGCUAUUGACGAUGACCCUGUGAUUCACGUCGAACCGCCAGCGGAAGGCAAGCCCAACAAAGUUACGGGCGGAGGCUACGCGGAUAAUGCUAUGAAUUUUGGCCCUUCAGCCGGCAACACGGAAGAGGAAGGUGGCUGGUUUGACGAGCGUGGCGAUGGAACACCCAUCCUGGCUUCAGACGAGAUCAUGAAGCGACCCGGAAGUGCUUACAUGCAGCCAGCGGUCAGCCCGGAGGUGCCCCAUGACGACUAUUACUACGAGAGUGAUGCCAGUCACAACGAGACCAGUCGCAGGAAUAGUGUUCGUGUGCCCAGUCGACCGUCCAGCAGACCCAACAGCAUGCAUGGAGAAUACCAGGGCGGUAACUUGUACCGAUUUAUGUCGCAUGAGGAGCACCAUGGUUCUGGCUUGCACACGCCUCUGGAGGAGAUUGAGGAGUACGAGCCAUUGAUUCCCGAAGGCGAGGAGGAGCCCAAACCUAAGCCAAAGGCGAUCAAGAAGAGGCCGGGUCUGGAGCAUCAUCACUUCCCGAGUCAAGAUGUCUGGGAAGACACACCGAUGUCGCUGCAGUAUUCUACCACAGUUGAGACGCCCGAGCCGCCUCGUGAAGCUAGAGCAGAGCCUCCACCGUCUGAAGACACGAGCACUUUCGAGACACCGGAGGAAGAACAGCAGCGCCGGAACAAGAAUCCGAACGACAUGUGGUCGGACAGCAAGACACUGGUUAAUAAGCCGCAUGCUCGUGCUCUUGAUGAACACAGGCCAGGCGUGCAGCGCUUCCCCAGCCAGGAUAUUUGGGAAGAUACGCCCGACAGCAUGCGUCUGGUGACGACGGUCAGCGGCCCUCAGAUGGACGAGGCUAAGAGCCCGCCUGAUGACCGCCCUAGCACUACUGGGGUUACCAGCUCUGAAGAGGAGGAUGUGCGAGCGACCACCGGGUUUUCGAGGCCUUCCGUUCCAGCGCGUCCAACUAGGAGAAGCAAGCUGACUGAGGAAGUCAAACCGGAUGAAGUCGACGACGGAUCGAAAGACGAGCAGACAGACCGCGAAGCGCCGCAGACAUCGCCCGACAAGGCCAAAGCCCCCGCGAUCCCAGAGCGCCCGAAGCCUUCCGUGCCCGCCAGACCCGCCCGCACUUCCCGGGGCGAGCACAGCGAGACCAACGAGCUGACGAAAUCCACCUCCGCCGAAUCCGCCGAAACAGCCAAAUCCCCACCCGUCCCCAAAGCCAAACCCGCCAUCCCCGCCCGCCCAGCCGGCGAGAAGAUCGCCGCGCUGAAAGCGGGUUUCAUGAGCGACCUCAACAAUCGCCUCAAGCUUGGUCCGCAGGCGCAUCAGCCGAAGGCGAGGGAAGUUGAGGAGGAGGUGGUGGAGGAGCAGCAGAAGGCUCCGUUGGCGGAUGCGAGGAAGGGGAGGGCUAAGGGGCCGGCGAGGAGGAAACCUGCUUCGUCCCCGUCUUCUGUUGCUGGUGUAGCGGCGGAGGGGGAGGAGGAGGUGAAGGGGUUGGGGUUUUCGAUGUCUGAGCCGUUGACGAUGUGGCAUAUCGAUGAGAAAGAUGAACUCCAAGUCCCCACCACCACCGCCGCCGCACCGGACGCAACAGCGGCAGAGGUAUCCCAAGCCAUGACCGAAGCAGCCGUUCCGGUACCAGCGGCAGCAGAGCAGGAAGCAGCAGCACCAUCCUCCGACCUCCCCGCCCUAGAAAAACAACUCUCCGCCAACGAGGCGCAUAAUACCGAAGAACCUACCUUAACCCAAUCGAUGAGUCCGGAAAGGGCGGGCUCGCUGCAGAUGGACAACAUUGACGAUAGACUCGAUGAGGCGCGUCGAUCUAUCGACGAGAUGUCGCAUGGCGAGGGUAAGGGGGACGUUCCGUCACAGCUCGAUGGGACGAAUGACGAUCUGAAGACUGUAAGCUCGGCGGACGUGGAGGCCAAGGAGAUGGCGCCUACGGCUACGGAUAAGAAGGAAGAGGGCGAGGUUGAGGAAAAGGGGCUGAAGAGUGUAGUCAGCCAGGCGGGCGCGGAUGAGGUUGUGGAGAGUGGAGGGGUUCAACCCAGUUCUUAA